GGGGCCGGUAGCCGGAAGGGCCGGUAGCGGAGGGGCCGGUACGGCCGGUAGCGGAGGGGCCGGUACCGGAGGGGCGGUCGGCGGCCUUGCAGCGCGAUGUACACCCCGGGCGGGCCGGCGCUGCCCGGCGGGCGGCGGCGGCGGGGCGGCGGGGCGGCGGCGGGCGGCCUGCCGAAGCAGCCGGAGCGCAGCCUGGCCUCAGCGCUGCCCGGCGCGCUCUCCAUCACGGCGCUCUGCACGGCGCUGGCCGAGCCCGCCUGGCUCCGCAUCCACGGCGGCACCUGCGCCCGCCAGGAGCUGGGCGUCGCCGAUGUCCUGGGCUACGUCGACCCCGAGCUGCUCCGAGAUUACUGCAUGAACCCGCAGACAGUGCUGUUGCUCCGGGUCAUCGCCGCCUUCUGCUUCCUGGGAAUCAUCUGCAGUCUCUCGGCUUUCCUCCUGGACGUCUUCGGCCCCAAGCACCCAGCGUUAAAGAUCACUCGCCGCUACGCUUUUGCUCACAUCCUCACAGUCCUGCAGUGCGCCACCGUCAUCGGCUUCUGCUACUGGGCCUCAGAGCUGAUCCUCGCCCAACAACAGCAGCACAAGAAGUACCAUGGCUCCCAAGUCUACGUCACCUUCGCCGUCAGCUUCUACCUGGUGGCGGGUGCCGGGGGAGCCUCCAUCCUCGCCACCGCCGCCAACCUGCUGCGGCACUACCCCACCGAGGAAGAGGAGCAAGCCCUGGAGCUCCUGUCCGAGAUGGAGGAGAACGAACCUUACCCGGCCGAGUACGAAGUGAUCAACCAAUUCCAGCCGCCGCCGGCGUACACCCCCUGACGGCGCUGGGACGCGGCCACAGCUUCUCCCACCCCCGGACUCUGCUUUCUCAACACUUCCUUCACCCAUCGGAUCUCUCCCGCGCAGAGGAAAGGACAUUUUGGGUCAGAUGAUAAGCGUUUUCUUCCUGUUCCUUUUAUUAACUUCACGGUGUGAUUUUUAACCCCGGCUCGGCUGGCCGAAAUAACGACGGCGUCAUCCCCUGCGCGGCUCCUCCCUGGCACAAGGGCCGCGGGGAUCCGCGCUUCCCCGCCAGAGAUCUCAUCCCCACCCUGCGAAGGAGGGAGAAAACACGCCGGACUCCCAUCCCGGCACGCGGUGAACUCGAUCCUUCCUCCGCCGAGGCGUAACGUACACCCAGAGGAAGGCGUGAUGCGUGCACGAGUGUAUAUAUUUCUAGAUAUCUAUAGGGGAAGGGCUCGCCGCGGCGUGCGGUGGGAGAGGAGCGGCCCUUCCUAGCGGCUGUACGGCGGGAGGAGGGCAGAGCAAACCCCCCGCUGCUCUCCCUCAUCCUCUUUUCUGACCGGCUCUGACCACA